AUGGCGGGCCGGAGAUGGAUAGGAAGGAAACUUUCUAGCAAAGCUCUGGAAGUGUUCGCACCCGGAGCCGAGGAAAUUUCGCUUGUCCUCAGCAUCCGCCUUCUUCCCAGCUCUCAGCAUCCGGAGCGGUGUGUCGCAGUGGAGCUACUAGCGCAGAGUUCCCCUCUGCGGCUCUCUGCAGAAUCACCUCAAAGGGUCGUAGUUCCUGCGCAUUUAGGGUGCUUCAUCUUGUACGUGUUUGAGGCUUCCAGCGAAAACUUAGAACACAACACAGGCAAUAGGAAUUCAGACUCAGACACUCUGUUUAUAGGCUGUAUCGCGAAGGACUGUCCUUCGAAUCGGAGUCUAGAGCGCGGACGGCAGUGGAAAGCCUCGGGGGGCGGGAUGCCAGCGAGUCAGCGCGCCGAACGAUUCGAUGCGACAGGGGGCGGAGGCAGUUCGGGUGAAGUCGCUCCGCAACCGGUCGCGGUGCCUCGCCUGGCGACCCAGAGCGAUCGUCAGUUGCUUGUCGUGGCGGGAAUCCUUAACGUACUCGUUCCGGUGGGCACCGGGGCGCUGCUGUGUGGGCUCGCCACGGGCAAGCGCCAGCUGGUCGUUGCAGGCGUCUGUCAGAUCGUUACCUCCCUAAUUUUCGUCGGCAUCGUCUGGUCUAUCGUCACAGGCGUUCUGAUGAUCAUCAGCGGCUCCGAGCUGUUUGACACGCCGCACUCGCCACAGACUCGCCGCAGCGAACAGCGAGGCACUGCACAAUCACUAUCAAACCGCGAGUCGCCUGCGCAAAAAACUGCAGACCUCGAGCGCGGUCCCGCAGAAGGGGCGGAAGCGCCGCCUUCCACGUCUUUCACGCCCGAGUUAGAGGGGGCGAAAGGCAGCGGGCUGCCAGUUGUGAACCCCUGUCAGCACCAGAGCUGCUCAGAGCCGCAGGACGCUACUCCCCAGCGAGCGAAGGCCUCGCAGAGCGCAGUUGGCUGCCCCCUCGCACAAAUCUCGCUAUGCAAAGCGACGCAUGCUUCUGCGAAGAGAAGGAGAUUCUCGUGUUUGAGAACGACUCCGGCCUUCCAGACUCGCCCUACGACCGCUCGGGCACAUCCCCAGCCCUAG